GUAAACGUAGAAAUCACACUUGGCUUUCAUUGAUACAUCUAUCAUGUCUUCUUCCUUGCUCCCACUCACUUCUUCAUUUACUACUUCUCAUUCCAAAUCAAAAACAUUCAAGCCUUCAACCAAUCAAACACAAGCAUUCAGAGUCUCAUGCAACGUAAAACCAACAACUGACAACAACAAUGAAAACAACCAAAAACUCAUUCUCCCCGAAACACAAAAUCUCAUCUUGCCAGUCAACAAUGUAGACCGAAGGAAUUUACUAGUUGGUCUCGGCGGUCUCUGUACCGCGGCCAACUUAUCUAACUUGUCAUCGGCAUUAGCUGCUCCCAUUACAGCCCCCGAUAUCACGACAAUUUGCAAAGACGCGAAAUCGGGUUUUAAAAUUGAAGGGGCUGUGAGGACAGAAAAAUGCUGUCCUCCAGCCCUUGGAAAGCCGGUUAAAAAAUUCGUCUUUCCAAAAGGAGAAAAAGUAAGAAUGAGAUGGCCAGCUCAUAAAGGUACUAAAGAGCAAGUAGAAAAAUACAAACAAGCUAUUGCAGCUAUGCGGGCGCUCCCGGAUGACCACCCGCAUAGCUUUAAGCAACAAGCUUCAAUUCAUUGUGCUUAUUGUAACGGCGGUUACACUCAAGUCGAUAGCGGGUUUCCCGAUAUCGAUAUCCAGAUUCAUAACUCGUGGCUCUUCUUUCCGUUCCAUCGUUGGUAUUUGUACUUUUACGAAAGAAUCUUGGGUAGUUUGAUCGACGACCCCACUUUCGCAUUGCCUUACUGGAACUGGGACGAUCCAGCUGGAAUGGAGAUUCCGAAAAUGUUUUUGGGUGACGAAAGCAAUCCUCUGUAUGACGUGUACCGUGACCCGAGACAUCAACCCCCACUAUUAGUCGACUUAGCAUUUAACGGGCGAGACAAGGAUCCCGAUAUUGAUCAACAAGAGUGCAAUCUUUUCACGGUGUAUCGUGAUUUGGUUAGAAAUGCGGGUGAUUCGACUAGUUUCUUUGGAGGUGAUUAUGUAGCUGGGGAUGCACCGGUCAAGAGUGGUUCUGAUUCUAUCGGGUCGGUUGAAUCCGGUUCUCACACUGCGGUUCACAGAUGGGUUGGUGACUCGAGCCGGCCUAAUGGAGAAGAUAUGGGUAACUUUUACUCCGCGGGUUAUGAUCCGGUGUUUUAUUGUCAUCAUGCUAAUGUUGACCGAAUGUGGAAACUAUGGAAAGAUUUGAAAAUUCCAGGACACGUGGAACCGACUAAAGACGAUUGGUUAAAUGCUUCGUAUGUGUUUUAUGAUGAGAAUCAAGACCUUGUUCGAGUUUACAACAAAGACAGUGUUGAGCCAAAGAAGUUGAAAUUUGAUUAUGCAAAAUCUGACAUUAGUGAGCUGUCAUGGAGCAAGAGUCGACCCCCGAAGCGUAACAAAAAGUCGCAAGCUGCUACUAUUCCAUUAGGCGAUGUGAAAUCGGUUGAGCAGGUGAAGUUCCCGAUUAAGCUAGACAAGAUCAUCAAGUUCCGUGUGAAGAGGCCAGCUGUGAACAGGACUGAUGAUGAAAAGGCGAAAUCCAAAGAGCUGUUGUUGAUCAAUGGGAUAAAAUACAGGGGUGAUAGGUUUGUGAAAUUUGAUGUGUUUGUGAAUGACAAGGUUAAUGUUGGUACGGACAAAUUCCCCACGCCUUGCGACCCUGAAUACGCGGGUGGCUUUGCUCAAGUCCCACAUAGCGAGAGGAGUAAGAUGUUGAUGUCUAGUGCUGCGAGGUUCGGGUUGGAUGAGCUGUUGGACGACACAAACACGGAGGGUGAUGAGUAUGCUGUGGUUGCAUUGGUGCCGAGGACCGGGACCGAAGAUCUCACCAUCAAAGAUAUCAAGAUUGAGUUGGUUCCCGUUGUGUGAUCGAAUUUAAAAUCAUGAGUGUGUUGUAUUAAUAAAUUGUGCAUUUUGGCUAUACACACGUCAUAGCAUGUUGUGUAGCCAAAAUUUGCCGCAUUGUGUUGCAAGGUUUUAGUUGAUGUUGGUUAAUCGAUUAAUCUAAUAAAAUUGGUUUUCUUUUCAAA